CAUCAUGACAGCAAACUGCAGCUUGGAAGUUGAACUAGUUUGUACUUUCCAUAGCUUCUGCGUAGAAAAGGCUCUUUUCUCUGGAUCACUGGCAUGGUGUUUACUUUGAUCCCAAGAACAGGUUUUCUCAGGUUUUUCAGUUUUCUGGCUAACAAUGCAGGCAAGAACAAACAGAAGUAUAAAAAAAGAGCUUGUUAUAGCCUCUCCGCAACAGUACAGGGAUGCAGCUCAGUGUGAAGUAGAAGUGGACAGUCCUGUGGAAGUGCUGGCAAAACCAAAAGUAAUUGAACCAAUAGACUAUGAAAAUGUCAUCGUCCAAAGGAAAACACAAAUUAUAAAUGAUGCUCUACGUGAGAUGCUUCUUUUCCCUUACGAUGACUUUCAGACAGCAUUACUGAAACGUCAGAGUCGAUAUAUAUGCUCUACAGUUCCUGAUAAUGCAGAGAAGGAAGCUCACAGUUUGUUUGUAACUGAGUGCAUCAAAACUUACAAUUCAGACUGGCAUGUUGUUAACUAUAAAUAUGAAGACUACUCAGGAGAGUUUCGUCAGCUUCCAACCAAAGGGACCAAAUCAGACAAACUUCCAGUUCAUGUAUAUGAAGUUGAUGAAGAAGCAGAUAAAGAUGAGGAUGCAGCAUCUCUAGGAUCUCAAAAGGGCGGGAUAACAAAACAAGGAUGGCUGUACAAAGGCAAUAUGAAUAGUGCAAUCAGUGUAACAAUGAGGUCAUUUAAAAGAAGAUUUUUCCAUUUAAUCCAACUUGGCGAUGGAUCAUAUAAUCUCAAUUUCUACAAAGAUGAAAAAAUAUCUAAAGAGCCAAAAGGAUCGAUAUUUCUGGAUUCUUGUAUGGGUGUCGUUCAGAACAGCCGAGUCAGGCGUUUUGCUUUUGAACUCAAGAUGCAAGACAAGAGUAGUUAUCUUUUAGCUGCAGACAGUGAACUGGAAAUGGAAGAAUGGAUAACCACUUUAAACAAAAUUCUCCAACUAAACUUUGAAGCUGCGAUGCAAGAGAAAAGAAAUGGAGAAUCUCAUGAGGAUGAUGAACAAAACAAAAUGGAAAGCUCUUCAUCCAGUUUAGACAGCUACUUCCCUGAAAUAACCAAGAGUACCAGAGAAGCAGAAAUCAAAUUAAAAAGUGAAAGCAGAGUUAAACUUUUUGGCUUGGAUCCAGACGCCCAGAAACUUGACUUUUCGGGCAUUGAACCAGAAGUCAAGCCAUUUGAAGAGAAGUUUGGGAAAAAGAUUCUAGUGAAGUGUAAUGAUUUAUCUUUCAAUCUGCAAAGCUGUGUUGCUGAAAAUGAAGAGGGACCAACAACAAAUGUAGAACCUUUCUUUGUCACAUUGUCACUGUUUGAUAUAAAAAACAAUCAGAAGAUUUCAGCAGACUUUCACGUUGAUUUGAAUCACAUCUCAGUGAGGCACAUGAUAUCAAAUAUGCCAGAGCAACUGAUGAAUGGCAGUGACGAUUGUUUACACAGGGUUCAAGACAUUAUUCAUGAGACCAUGUUGCAGUAUCCAAAGCAGGGAAUAUUCUCAAUCACGUGUCCACAUCCCGAGAUAUUUCUUGUGGCUAGAAUAGAAAAAGUAUUGCAGGGAAGUAUUACCCAUUGUGCUGAGCCAUACAUGAAAAGUACAGAUUCUUCUAAGGUUGCACAGAAAGUAUUGAAGAAUGCCAAGCAAGCAUGUCAAAGACUAGGUCAAUAUAGAAUGCCAUUUGCCUGGGCAGCUAGGACAUUGUUUAAAGAUGCAUCAGGAACCCUGGACAAAAGUGCAAGGUUUUCUGCUCUCUACAGACAAGACAGUAAUAAACUCUCAAAUGAAGACAUGCUUAAGCUGCUAGCAGAUUUCAGAAAACCUGAAAAGAUGGCCAAGCUGCCCGUUAUUUUAGGAAAUCUAGAUGUAACAAUUGAUAAUGUCUCUCCAGAUUUUCCAAAUUAUGUUAACUCAUCAUACAUUCCCAUGAGACAGUUUGAAAACAGUACCAAGACAGUAAUAACAUUUGAAAUAGAGGAAUUUGUUCCAUGUAUACCCAAACAUACUCAGCCUUUCACUAUCUACAACAAUCAUCUGUACGUCUAUCCAAAGUACUUGAAAUAUGACAGUCAGAAGUCAUUUGCAAAGGCUAGAAAUAUUGCUGUAUGCAUUGAGUUCAAAGACUCGGAUGAAGAGGAUUCUCUGCCUUUAAAGUGCAUAUACGGUAGACCAGGUGGGCCAAUAUUUACAAGGAGUGCAUUUGCCACUGUUUUGCAUCAUCACCAAAACCCAGAGUUUUACGAUGAGAUUAAAAUAGAAUUGCCUACACAGCUACAUGAAAAACAUCAUUUGUUGUUCACAUUCUACCAUGUCAGCUGUGAUAAUUCAAGCAAAGGGAGUACCAAGAAGAGAGAUGUUGUUGAAACACAAGUUGGCUAUUCUUGGCUUCCACUCCUAAAAGAUGGGAGAGUAGUGACAAAUGAGCAGCAUAUUCCUGUAUCAGCAAACCUUCCUUCAGGCUAUCUUAGUUAUCAGGAUGUUGGGAUUGGCAAGCAUUCCGGUCCUGAAAUUAAAUGGGUAGAUGGAGGUAAACCACUGUUAAAAAUUUGCACUCAUCUAGUUUCUACUGUGUAUACACAGGACCAGCACUUACACAAUUUUUUUCAGUACUGUCAGAAAACUGAGUCUGGAGCUCAGGGACUAGGAACUGAUCUCGUAAAGUAUCUUAAGAGUCUUCAUGCUAUGGAAGGUCAUGUGAUGAUAGCUUUCCUCCCUACCAUUCUAAACCAAUUGUUUCGAGUUCUCACCAGAACUAGUCAAGAGGAAGUUGCAGUCAAUGUGACCAGGGUUAUUAUCCAUAUUGUUGCCCAAUGCCAUGAAGAAGGGCUGGAUAGCUACCUGAGGUCAUAUGUCAAGUAUGCGUAUAAAGCUGAGCCUUACUUUGCUUCUGAAUACAAGACAGUACAUGAAGAGCUGACCAAAUCCAUGACAACAAUUUUAAAACCAUCUGCUGACUUUCUUACAAGCAACAAGCUCCUUAAGUAUUCUUGGUUUUUCUUCGAAGUUCUGAUAAAAUCAAUGGCCCAGCAUUUGAUAGAAAACUCUAAAGUUAAGUUGUUACGAAACCAGAGAUUUCCUGCUUCUUUUCAUCAUGCAGUAGAAACAGUUGUUAAUAUGUUAAUGCCACACAUCACUCAGAAGUACAGAGACAACCCAGAAGCUUCCAAAAAUGCAAACCAUAGCCUUGCAGUCUUUAUAAAGAGAUGUUUCACCUUCAUGGAUAGGGGUUUUGUAUUUAAGCAAAUUAAUAACUACAUCAGCUGCUUUGCUCCAGGAGAGCCAAAGACCCUUUUUGAAUUCAAAUUUGAAUUUCUCCGGGUGGUAUGUAAUCAUGAACACUACAUCCCAUUGAAUCUACCUAUGCCCUUUGGAAAAGGCAGGAUUCAGAGAUACCAAGACCUUCAGCUUGACUAUUCAUUAACAGAUGAGUUUUGCAAGAAUCAUUUCUUAGUAGGACUACUCCUGAGGGAGGUGGGAAAUGCAUUACAAGAGUUCAGAGACAUCCGGCAGAUUGCAAUUAGUGUGCUCAAGAACUUGAUGAUAAAGCAUUCUUUUGAUGAUAGAUAUGCUUCCAGGAGCCACCAAGCAAGAAUAGCUACUUUGUAUCUGCCAUUGUUUGGAUUGCUAGUAGAAAAUGUUCAGCGAAUCAAUGUCAAAGAUGUGUCUCCUUUUCCUGUUAAUCCUUCCAGCAGUAGCGCAAAAGAUGAAUCACUCAGUUUGCCUACUGCAAAUCCUGUAGUAACACCACAAAAAUCAGGAAACACAUUGGAUAACAGCCUUCACAAAGAUCUGUUUGGUGUUAUUUCUGGCAUUGCUUCCCCGUAUACCUCUUCAACUCCAAAUAUCAACUGUGUAAGAAAUGCUGACUCCAGAGGCUCUCUUAUAAGUACAGAUUCAGGAAACAGUCUCCCAGAAAGGCAUAGUGACAAGAGUAAUUCUCUUGACAAGAACCAACAGAGUGGCACUUUAGGAAGUUCUUUAAUUCGCUGUGACAAACUUGAUCAAGCAGAGAUCAAAAGUCUGCUCAUGUGUUUCCUUCACAUUUUAAGAAGCAUGUCGGAUGAUGUUUUGUUUACAUAUUGGAACAGGGCUGCAACAUCUGAGCUUAUGGAUUUUUUCACAAUCACAGAAGUGUGCUUGCAUCAGUUCCAGUACAUGGGGAAACGAUAUAUAGCCAGGAACCAGGAGGGGUUGGGAUCCAUAGUUCAUGAUCGAAAAUCUCAGACAUUGCCUGUUUCCCGUAACAGAACAGGAAUGAUGCAUGCCAGAUUGCAGCAGCUGAGCAGCCUGGAUAACUCUCUCACUUUUAACCACAGCUAUGGCCAUUCAGAUGCAGAUGUCCUUCACCAAUCUUUACUUGAAGCCAAUAUUGCCACUGAAGUUUGCCUUACGAUUCUGGAGACUUUAUCUUUAUUCACAAUGGCUUUUAAGAAUCAGCUACUGACGGAUCAUGGGCAUAAUCCACUAAUGAAAAAGGUUUUUGAUGUGUACCUCUGCUUCCUUCAAAAAAACCAGUCUGAAACUUCAUUAAAAAAUGUCUUUAGUGCUUUAAGGACACUAAUUUUUAAGUUUCCUUCCACAUUUUAUGAAGGUAGAGCUGACAUGUGUGCUGCAUUGUGUUAUGAAAUUUUGAAAUGCUGUAACUCCAAACUGAGUUCAAUUCGUACUGAGGCUUCACAACUGCUGUAUUUCUUAAUGCGAAAUAACUUUGAUUACACGGGGAAGAAGUCUUUUGUAAGAACACAUCUGCAAGUAAUUAUUUCAGUAAGCCAGUUGAUUGCUGAUGUUAUUGGAAUUGGAGGAACUAGAUUUCAGCAGUCUCUUUCCAUCAUUAACAACUGUGCCAACAAUGACAGAAUUAUUAAGCUUACUACAUUCCCAUCUGAUGUCAAAGAUUUGACUAAGCGGAUUCGUACAGUAUUAAUGGCUACAGCUCAAAUGAAGGAGCAUGAAAAUGAUCCAGAAAUGUUGGUGGAUCUUCAGUACAGUUUGGCAAAGUCCUAUGCCAGCACUCCUGAACUGAGGAAGACGUGGUUAGACAGCAUGGCAAAAAUUCAUGUUAAAAAUGGGGAUCUUUCAGAGGCAGCAAUGUGCUAUGUCCAUGUAGCAGCACUGGUUGCAGAAUAUCUCACGCGAAAAGGGAUGUUUAGACAAGGCUGUACUGCUUUUAGAGUAAUCACUCCCAAUAUCGAUGAAGAGGCUUCAAUGAUGGAGGAUGUUGGGAUGCAAGAUGUUCACUUCAAUGAAGAUGUACUGAUGGAAUUAUUAGAGCAGUGUGCUGAUGGACUCUGGAAGGCUGAACGUUAUGAACUGAUUGCUGACAUAUAUAAGCUUAUAAUUCCCAUUUAUGAAAAGCGGAGAGAUUUUGAGAGAUUAGCUCACCUAUAUGAUACACUUCAUCGGGCAUACAGCAAAGUGACAGAAGUAAUGCAUACAGGCAAGAGACUGCUGGGCACUUACUUCAGAGUAGCAUUUUUUGGACAGGCAGCGCAAUACCAGUUUACAGACAGUGAAACAGAAGUGGAGGGCUUCUUUGAGGAUGAAGAUGGAAAGGAGUAUAUUUAUAAAGAGCCGAAACUGACACCUCUUUCAGAGAUAUCCCAGAGACUACAAAAGCUCUACUCUGACAAAUUUGGAUCGGAAAAUGUCAGAAUGAUCCAGGAUUCUGGCAAAGUAAAUCCUAAGGAUUUGGACUCUAAAUAUGCAUAUAUUCAAGUUACACAUGUAAUUCCAUACUUCGAGGAAAAGGAGUUACAAGAGAGAAAAACAGACUUUGAGAGGGCUCACAACAUUCGGCGUUUUAUGUUUGAGAUGCCUUUUACUCAAUCUGGCAAAAGACAAGGCAGUGUGGAAGAACAGUGUAAACGGCGAACUAUUUUGACAGCAAUACACUGUUUUCCCUACGUGAAAAAGCGCAUUCCUGUAAUGUAUCAGCACCAUACUGAUCUAAAUCCCAUUGAAGUCGCCAUUGAUGCAAUGAGCAAAAAGGUUGCAGAACUCAGGCAACUUUGUUCUUCAGCUGAAGUAGAUAUGAUCAAGCUACAACUAAAGCUACAGGGAAGCGUCAGCGUUCAGGUGAAUGCUGGUCCAUUAGCGUAUGCAAGAGCUUUCUUGGAUGCUACAAACACCAAAAGAUAUCCAGACAAUAAAGUGAAGUUACUGAAGGAAGUUUUCAGACAAUUUGUUGAGGCUUGUGGUCAUGCCUUGGGGGUAAAUGAACGACUUAUAAAGGAAGAUCAGUUAGAGUAUCAGGAAGAAAUGAAGGCAAACUACAGAGAAAUGGCAAAAGAGCUUUCUGAAAUAAUGCAUGAACAAAUUACUCCUGUUGAAGAAAAGACCAGUGUUAUGUCUAAUUCGCUACACAUUUUCAACGCCAUAAGUGGAACUCCAACAAGCACAACAGUUCAUGGGAUGCCCACAUCAUCUUCAGUUGCAUGAUUGUUAUGUAAAGGAAAGUAAAUUUUUCUUAAAGUGUGCGUGGAUAUGUUGUAACACUUCCAAACUCAGGAUGAUUAUAGAGCUAAAUAUUGGGCACAUACAAGCCAUGUAAAUUAAUAUUAAAGACUGAGCACACUUAAAUAUUGGGGGAGGCGCAGGACUAGAUAAAUAGUGGUUAUAGUUCUAUAGAAAAACAAAAGGGUGCACAUAUAUUUUUGAAUUCUGCUGGCAAUGUUAAAAUUUUUCACAAUGUCUUUACAGAGGUGUAUGUUGGAAACUUUAUCAUAAAAGUUAAUUUCUCUUAUUCCUUUGAAAGUAUUUUUCAAAUUAAUGGCACAUUACAGAAAAAGUGUUGUGGAAUGUAAGUUUGCAUAUAUAUAAUGUUCAGGUGUUCUUUUAUGUAUGGCACAUACUGAUUGAUUCCAAAUACAAGAACUAUUUUGGGACUAGAUAGAGACACUAGUUUUUUGGGUUUAAUGGAACUGACAAUAGUAGUUUUUGUACCAUUGACAAAUUGCUGUGCUCCAUUUUAUACCUUGUUGGCAUUUUGAAAGUAUGUGAGCUUAAAGCUGAUUAAAAUAAUUAAGUACAACCAAAGGUCUGUAUUAAUGAACACCAACUUAUACUUUAAUAUUAUUAGUAGUAAAUUGAUAUGUACAUAUUGUUUGUUAAUACAGUCCAUGCAUUCUGUACAUAAAUUAAUUACAUUUCUAAACAUUUUUAAUACUCAUACCAGCUCUCAGUCCUCUGCUUUAAGUUUGUGACAAUUUUGUGCUCAUUCUAGGUAUAUGCUAUAUAUUUGAUUUUACAGUUGUUUAUUCUUGUAUAUAAAUAAGUGCAAUACAAAGAUGUAUACAGUCUUUGCUAUCUUAGGUUUAUACACUGUUUAAAAAAUCAUCUUUUUGCCAAAGUGAUGGAGUAUGUAAUUGGUGAUCAUAAUUACUGUGGUAAAUGGUGGUGUAAUUUAAAGCUUUUACCAUAUUAUUAUUCUUUUAAGACAUUUAAUUUAGUAAUUUUAUAUUUGGGGAAAUAAAGGUUUUUAAUUUUAUUUAACUGGAAACACUGUCCUGCUGUACUACAUUAAACAUUCUGUACUACAUCUGUAUUAAAAAAAAACAAACAAACCAUGGCUAACUUC